AUUCUUCUUCUUCCCCCCAUUAUAUCCGUUUCCAAGUCCAAAGAAGGCUGCUUGCUUACCAACUCUGCCUCACUGCUCACUGCUUGCUGCUCGCUUCCUCUGCGUUUCUUCUGCGAAUUGAAGUAUACCAAACUCAGAAUAAGUCCAUUCUUCUCCUCUUUUAUCGAGCCUUUGGAGUUUCACAUCUGGGUCAAUGUUGCAUACAGUCUCUACCGCUAACCCUUGCAUUUCCUGUCCAAGAAAUUCUCUCUUUCAGCAAAGGCAUUUAGUUUCCACUAGGUUGUCCGUUCGUGCUUCAUUACCAGAUAACAGCAAUGGAGUUAAAGUAGAGUAUACACCUUGGCUAAUUGUUGGACUGGGAAACCCUGGAAAUAAGUACUGUGGCACCAGGCACAAUAUUGGUUUUGAAAUGGUUGAUCAAAUUGCUCAAGCAGAAGGUGUUAUGAUGGACACAAUUCAAUCAAAGGCAUUGAUUGGAAUAGGUUGCAUCAAAGAGGUUCCAAUUAUUUUGGCAAAACCUCAGGCAUACAUGAACUUUAGUGGGGAGUCGGUUGGACCACUGGCUGCUCAUUAUCAAGUGCCUUUGCGUCAUAUUUUAUUGAUCUAUGAUGAGAUGAGCCUACCUAAUGGUGUUGUGAGGAUUCAGCCGAAAGGAGGACAUGGCCAUCAUAAUGGAGUGAAGAAUGUGAUCAACCAUUUGGAUGAUUGUCGUGGAUUUCCUCGAAUGUGUAUAGGUAUUGGAAAUCCUCCUGGCACUAUGGACAUGAAAGCUUUCCUUCUACAGAAGUUCAGUUCAACAGAGAGAGAACAAAUUGAUGCAGCAUUAAAACAAGGGAUUGAGGCUGUGAGGAACCUGGUGCUUAAUGGAUUCAACCAAAGUAUCACCAGAUUUAAUCUGGGUCAAAAAUACAAGUUUCACAAGGUCUGAAUCCAACUGGGUGCUGAAUGGAUUUGACCAAAGUAUCACCAAUUUUAAUCUGGAGCAAAAAUUACAAGUAUCACAGUGUUAGAAUCGUGUAGCAGUUGCAGAAACAAUCAUGUAAGUUGAGUUAGGAUCAUUUUUUUAUAACCUAGAAAUAGAAGGUUCUUGUCCUUGCAGUAACUGACAUAUGUAAAUGCUUCCCGAUAUAACGUUUAUGACAUCCUAGGAUAUUGUCGUCUUCUACAGCUAUCAUAAUUUAUUAAUUUCAGAA